UGCGCUUCCGCGAGACCGGGGCCCGGAUGAGGUAAAUAAGUCACGGGACAGGAAAGGCUCGCGAAACCCUAUCGCAACAGUGACGUCACAUCAGAGCGCGCGCAAAACACCAUUAGCAUCCGGCUGCGAUUGGCUGAUCGAAGAAGCCGACUGCCGACUGAUUGGCUGAGAGCGGAGAACUACUGUAAACGACCACGAACAACAAUAUCCGAGCCGAAAUGAGAUCAUACACGCUGUAGUGAUAACAACAGCCGGACUGGACAUUUGGCACGCUACUGCCUGCGGCGAGAAGACAAUCACUUCGACUAAAUGUCACGAAAAACGGGAUCUUUUUUCCAUUAUUUUUGGCCGACGACGUUUUCAGAUGAGCAUGACUCAACCUUAGAAAUAUGAAACUUAUAUAAAGUAGCAAUUACAGCUAUUGUUGUUGUUUGGGUGUGUCACAUGCCAUGAGUCAAUCAACAUAUGUCGAGAAGUGGAGAAUCGACUCGUAAUCGUACUGAAGAUAAGAAGGAAUAGCAUCAAGUGCCACUAACAACUCGGUUCCGGAGAGACGAACACAUUCAUAUCUAUUGUCUUGGAAUUCGUCCAGAUCCACAGCUCUUACAAUGGAUAAAAGAUUGCAUGGCCAUCAAUAUGAUUCCAGCACCUUGAAUGACAAAAAGAAAGGAAGAGAAGAGACAAUCAAUACCCAUGGACAACAUCAGGAUCAAACCUCGCCAAACAUUUCUCCUCAAGGACGUGUGCGGCUCUAUUCGGAGUCUCAGGUGUAUAUGGUCAGCCGCUGGCAGGAAGCGGUGCCCCAGGAUGGAGCAUCGGCGGAGGAGAACGGAGGAACGGGAGAUGGGCUUCCAUUCAGAGGUCGUUCUCAAUCUGCUCCUGCUGCGCUGUGGAAAGCAAAGAAGUACGGACGGCAGCUGAGGAGAAUGAGCGAUGAAUUUGACACAUGGCUUGACAAAGGAGAGGUCAAAAGAGCGAACAGUCAGAAACAGACCUACCGAGGAUGGUUCUCGUUCCUCUGGAGUUCCAAAGAAGAGGAGGGCAGAGAAUGAAGUAGUCAUGCUUUAACAAUGCUUUACACACCAUUAUAACAGUUACCAGACAGCUGCUGUCAGAUGAAGGUGGUCUGAUCAUCAUCAUGGCCUUUUUGUAAUUGAUGUGCUCAAACUAGUGCAAAAACGGUCAUCUGAGAGAACGGGAAAAAUGCUGUAUCACAAUUUACCACUGCAAUAACAUAUGUUUAAUUAAAGGUAUUGUCAGUGUUACUUCAAUUUGACAAUCUUAAAAGGGACAAUCGCCUAAAAUGCUACAAUUUAUUGGACAAUCUUUCUAUAUACUGAUUCAAAAAAGAAACUCUAUUUAAAAAAAACUUUAUUGAUAUGUAUUACGUUCAUAUUUGACAAAGAAAUGUGUUCUAUGAUGUAUUUUAUAGAUUAAUAUAUAGAUGUGCGUUUUUGUUGUACUAAAGGCUGGAGCGGUUGCUUGCGAAAUGUAAAUAUAUUUCAAGGACUGUGACACCGGAUAAAGUAAGUUGUGAAGUACAGGUUAGUGAUGGUAACAAUAAUACGGGUAAAGUUAUUUCAGUUCAUUUUUGCUACAUCUCAGGUUUGUUUGUUUUUUAAUGCCAAACUGUUGUGAAUAACUAGUAAGAGUGGAUGAAAUCAGUUGUUCUGCCAUCUCUUUUAUGCUGACUAUACUUGGAUAUGUCACCAGGAAAACAAUGCCUUUCGUGUACAUAUUUCUUGAUUGUCUGUAGUCUCUAUUGGAUUUUUUCCUUUUUUAUUCCAUCUGCUGGUCUUGUAUGCAAAACAACAUUCAAUUUCUGCCAAACAUGUGGGGAGGCAAAUAUGUGCAGAUGGACUACACAAGUUUGGUUUCUGUACUAUCAGCCUUGCUGAUACUUUCAUUCCUUUUUUAUGCUCCUUGUACAUAUUUACACUUGUUACCAUAGAUUGAGUGAUGGAUGAACUGUUUAAAUACUUUUGAAACAAUCACAAGCUUUUAGCAUUUUUUCUAAAAUUGUGGUAAAAAUAAAAGAUUUUC